AAUUGCAGUUGGUAUAGUCCAGUCUGUAGCGUCUGGCUCAGCGGAGGAGCAGCUUGAAAGUUUUCAACAUAACGCCAAUGUUGUUACUUUUUCACUGUCCGCCAAAACUCUCAAACUACGUUCCGUUAUUUUACGGAUAAUUUGUCUCAUUUCUAUGUCUGGAUAACCUCAACAACAUCGUUUUGUUUAAGAUAUUCAGGUGUUUGCUGGUUUCGUCUGUCGACAGCAGAAAAUGAACGACACAUUCCCCCUAACCAGAAAGAAGAAGUGAAGGAGUGGGGAGAUCGUUGGAGAGAAGAGAGAGAGAGACUGAAGGAGUGACAGGAGAGGACACUUAUUGCAGACACCAUGUCUGUCUCCACCACCAAGCAGGAGAGAACCCUGUGUGUUCUGCUCCCUAAUAAAGAACAGCUGGACAUCACUGUGGGGGUCAAGUCCACAGGGCAGGAUGUGUUCAAUCAGGUGUCUGAGCUCCUUGGAAUUAAAGAGCUGCACUUCUUUGGCCUGACAGUGGUGAAGGACAAUGAGCACAUCUUUCUGGACAUGGAAGAUAAGCUGACCAAGUAUUUCCCUAAGGAAUGGAAGCAAGAUUCAGGGAAGGGGUUACAGAAGAGAUCCCUCCCCCUGGUGCUCUGCCUCAAGGUGCAGUACUAUGUGGAGAACGGCAGGCUCAUCUGUGAGCGGAAGGCGAGGCGUCUGUACUUCUCUGACCUGAGAGAGAGGGUAUUGCGUUCAGAGUGUCGUCAGCAGGAGGAGGUGUACUUCCAGCUGGCUGGGUAUGCUCUACAAGCUGACCUGGAGGAUCAUCCCCUACCUGGGAAGAACCAGGGAGGCACCCGCUACUUCCAACCCAAAGAGUACUUCCCUCCCUGGAUUGUGGCGAAGCGUGGGGUGGACUACCUGCUCUGUCACGGUCCCAAGGUACACAAGGAGCUGUGGGGCAUGACGCCACGUGAUGCGGUACUCCACUUCAUCAAAGAGGCCUGUCGUCUCGAGGACGUCCCCGUCACCUUCUACAGGCUACAGAAGGACAAGAAAGAAGAGAGAGGCACAGCUCUGCUGGGGCUGACCCUCAGAGGAAUGCAGCUUUAUCAGGAGGCGGACAACAUCCGGCAGCUUCUCUAUGACUUCCCCUGGUCCAACGUGGGACGACUCACCUUCCUGGGGAAGAAAUUUGAGAUCCAGCCAGAUGGUCUGCCGUCGGCCAGGAAGCUGGUCUACUACACUGGGUCUCCGUUCCGCUCGCGCCACCUCCUCCUGCACCUCAGCAACAGCCACCGACUCUACCUCAGUCUCCAGCCUGCCCUCAAACACCUCCGACAGCUGGAGGACAGCGAGGAGAAGAAGCGCUACAGGGAGUCGUACAUCAGUGAUGACCUGGAUGUAGACCCUCCAGGGGGCAGCGAGGGGGGCAGCCCCGGCUUGUCCCGACACUCUACCUCCAGCUCGGGCAUCGAGGCAGACCGCGAUGCGACACGGCAACACAGCAGCAUCUCCAUGGAGAUGGCGUCCAUGGAGGAGGAGACUGGGCUGAGGAAGAGGAUGGAGAAGUGUUUCAGUUCGGCGGCGAGUCACGGGAGUUCUCACACUUCGGGCGUGGACACGGGCAGCAAAGCACGCACUGAUGAAGAGGAGUGGCAGGAGGAAGAGACCCAGCAGGCCAGCUUGGACAGUCCAGGAGAGGUUUCCGUGGACGACCCAGAGGAAAUGCUGAGAUUGGCUGAGCUGAUUGAGGGCGUGUCGGUUGAUUGUCCCGUGCUCACCUCAGAGACUCAUUGUGAAGGAUUCAAGGGGGAUCAGGUAGACAGAGAUGAAGACCUGGUGACACUACGCAGCAAAGAUACCCUGGGACAGAUCCUGAAGUCAAGAUCCCAUUGCGUGGACCGCCACAGCCAGAGUCUGGAUGACGUUCGCCUCUUCGCCCCUCCCGCCCCCCUCGGCACGACUCUACCCCCUGACUCCUCCCACAGCUACACCUUUGGCCUGCCCCUCCCGGACUCCCAGAGUAACGCUAAGAGCCCCCCAGGGUGUAACAACGGGGGCUACUAUCUCCCCAUCCACUGCCCGGCUAAGGGCACCUUCUAUGGACACAGGUCUAUGAACUGCCUGUCUCUGGAUCUACUGGGAGACGAACAGCUGUUGGAGUUUAUACUGUAGAACAACACAGAGGACCAAUGUCCUUCUUCAAGCCUAUUCUCUACCUACAUCCCCCUCCAAUGAAACUGUAGGAUACAGGGGAGUGGCUGCAUGCAGCGAUUGUUCUAACUGUAGAACGUAACGUUUUUACACAACCGGGCCAAACUGUACUGUGCUGGCCUGGUUACAUCAAGGACCAUGGAUGGCCCUCUUCAUGCCUGUGCUCUACUGUAUGACUCAGAUACAGGGGAGAGACUGCACAGAGAUGUUGGAGGACUUUAUGGACAUUUUUAAGAGGAGAGAAGAAGUCUGACAUCGAUUGGUAUUGGUAGCAUUCAUUGUGAAACGGAAGGAGGCCAUCGCUUUCAAUAAUUAUCCCAAUACAGACCAUACUCUACAUAUUUAUUGAACAUGUUUGAUACUUUUUGUUUUACCUUUUGUAGAUACUUUGUACAUAAUUGUCUUAUAUUUUCAACUAUUUUACUAUAUUUUUUUACUUUGAGGUACUAACACAUUGUAACCAUAUCAAUAACUGUAAAUUAUACACAGCUGUAUGUAAAUAGGGGUGAACAUUGCAUUUCUUCAGUUUCUUAAUUGGUGUUUGUGUGAAUCGUGGCAUAGUUUGAACCAGGAGUAUCUCUAGCAGUACUUUAUGGUCUGUUGUGAAGAGCAAAGGACUUUACUGCACGUUGACAUCCUGUGUACAUUUAAAUGUAUCAUCAUUACAUUAUUAAAAAUAACCAACAGCAUUUUUAAUCUUAUGUUUUGCUUUUGUUUCCCUUGUAUGUCAGUUUGUCUAUAAAAAAGAAUGCUCUGAAAUGACCAUCACAUAUACAAGAUGGUGUAUUUUGUCGUGAUGAUAUUACAAGUCUGCCAUAGCUGCAACAAUGUAUUAUCCUUUUUUUUUUUUUUUGUAUCUAAAACUCAAAAAAUGAAAAUGUAAAAAACAGUUCAACAUGCUUGCACUGUUUGACAAUCUUACAUUCACUCCUGUGUCAAACUACCUGUGUAUUAAAUAUAUUUCUAAAUGUUUUCUUUCUAUACUAAGAAAGUAAAAACCUAUAAGUAGAGCAGCACAUUACUAUGAACUAUUUCUGUGAUUGUCUUCAUGCACACUGGAAUGAUUAUAUAAAUAAAGCAAUGAUGACGAA